CAACAUUAUAUAUAAAAAAAAUAGCCUAUUGUGUGUGUCUGGUGCGUGUGUCUACUGGCUACUAUUUUGGACUCGUGUCGUGCCUAACGCCCCUUAGCUGUUCGAUUAUACAUAGGCUAUAAACCUCUCGGGGCUUAUUGCUUACAUUUUUCACUAGCUAUGGGUAGGCUACAGUAUCCUAGGCUAUGUCUAGGCCUACUAUAGAGAAUUUAUGGGAAAAAGAACAGAGUUUUGAGAAGUGAACGGAGGUUGUGCAAUGACAUUUCCCGAUGCAAAAUGCAGAAUGCAGCGUUCAACUAGGCUACAUGUAAUCACACAAUUAUUACAGCGUAUUGCAGCCCACAAAUUUAAUAAUGAAAAAAGUAGCCUAAAUCAUUCAUAUAUAGUCUAUUUUUCUUUUUAAUUACUUGGCUACGCAAUAAAGUUUCCAUUCCAGCAUAGCGAACGUUUAACCAUGAAUGAAGCGGCCGCCUUGUUUCGCAUUAAUCCCGACACUCUUUUAACCCAAUGAAAUGUAAAAGUGAUCUAUCAAAUACCCCCGAGAUUUUCGUGCUCAUCAGUCCCAACUUUUAGCAAUAUAAUCAAACUGUCCCAAAGUAAAUUAAACCCCAAACCAAACUGGAAAUCCUCUACUUCUGACAAUGCUUUUCUCCGAUCAGCUGUUCCAAACCAAAGGCAUGUCUCCCAAUGAACGCACUGGCCUGCCUCGAACACAAGCUCCAAAUAGGCUAGGCUAUUGUGCUCUGCACAGCAUAAGUAGGCUAAAUCGUUGGCUAUUUGGCCUUUUAUUACAAAAAUACAUUUUACAUUUAAAAGCAUAUCCGAACAUUUUCCUUUAGGAAACUCAAGCCUAUACCGGAACACGUCAUUUUGCUUUCAGUUUUGACGUGAUGGCGCUUCUAAAGGAAGGCACGGAUGUGUCAGAAAUUGAUAAAACAGUUAAAAAUAAGUGGAGAUGGGCUUGGCUAUGCGAAAUAGGUGAUGAUGGCAAGCCAUUUAGUUCUUGGUGCAAAAAAACGAAACAGCCAGGUGUUUGCUUUUGUGUGGUUUGCCACAAGACAAUCGUGUAUGGGAGCAAUGGCAAGAAAGUUCUUUCACGCCAUCAGUCGGAAGCUAGCCAUAAGACUAAUUGUAGAGCUCUUCGGCACACAUCCUCAUUGCCUGGCGCAACAACCACCACUACAGAAGUAAGUCUCUCAAUGGCUGACCGUGUCUGCGUACAGAAAGCACGCAUUUGCUCUUUCAUUGCAGAGCACGACCUGUCUUUGACCUUGUCACAGCCUCUUGUCAACCUGAUUCGAUCAGUUGCAGAAGACCAGAGCGCUCUCUCCAGACUGUCAUUGUCCAAUGCACACGCCUCCUACUUAUGCACACAUGGAAUUGCAGCUCAUUACAAAACAGAGUUGUCCAUGAAACUGAAAACAAAGAUGUUCUCUUUGAAUGCAGAUGAGGCAACUGAUAUGAAUAUGGACAAGAUUUUAAAUGUACUUGUGCGCUUUUUUGAUGAGGAUAUGGGGAAAGUAGUGACCCAUCAUUUUGGCUCAAGAAGAGUGAACAUUGCAGAUGCCUCAACCCUCACAAAUGCAAUGGCAGAAAUCCUUCACUCCUACAAUUUAAAUUGGGAUCAGGUUGUGUCUGUUUUGUUUGAUAACUGCAGCGUUAUGAGAGGGAAGCGAUCUGGAGUGGAGACGCAGAUCAGACAACAAAAUGAAUCCCUUCUUGACAUCAGUGGAGACACAGUGCAUAUGGUGUCAAAUGCUGCCAAGGCCCUUUUGAGUCCAUUCAAGAAUUUUGUUGAGGAUUUCUGCACUGAUGUCUAUUAUGACAUUGAAAAGUUCCCCAAGCAGAAGGAAUUGUUCGGAGAGUUUCAAUCUCUUUUACACAUGAAGAGCAGCAAGAGCCUGAUUCGCCCCAUCAGCAGUAGGUUCCUUCAGAUGCUGGAAGUGUGCAACAGGGUAAGGGAGCUAGUGGAUCCCCUGAUUGCACACUAUUUCAGCUUCUUAUCACCCCAUGAUCAGCGCAAAUACAGAUGGCUGCUCAACCAGGUGCUGCAAAAACAUGGGGUGACAUCUGAUGAAAAGGCUAGGAUGAAUGUACUUCAUCAACAACUUGCGAAAUCAACAAAGGUCCUAACCGACACAAAUAGUGACAGGAAGACAAGAAUCUGUGUACUUUUUACAGAUUUCAGUAAGCUCACAGCCAUGAUCGACUUGUACAGAGGUAUUCUCCCAUCAUUCCAGGUCUUCCUGAAGAGACUGCAGCAUGAAAAGCCUAUGCUUCAUGUUCUGCAUGUUGAGAUGGUGAUGCUGGUAAGAGAUGUCCUCUCCAAGUUCAUGAAACCUGAGGCCAUCCCCUUGGAUGUGAAGGGCUUGUUGAAACUGGAUAUCCAGAACCAAGACCUACAGUAUCCAAACAAAUUGUUGUCGGUUGGUAAAUUCAGCCAUUUUGCAGUCAACAAGGCCAGGGUGGAGAAGAAACCUUGGGUGCAAGAGUUGUACACCUCAUUAAGAGGAGGCUACACCAAGGCAGCUGCAUUCCUGCUAAAAAACCUUCCCUUGAGCAAUAUCAUCAUUUCCUCUUUGUCUGCACUGUCACCUUCUUUAAUCCAGGACCAACACAUGCUUAAUGCAUAUAGCACUUUGGCCAAGGCUCUGCCAAAUGCCAUCUCCACUGAUGAACUGGGCCAGCUUGAUGAAGAGGUGAGGGCCUAUCAGACUGACCUGGAUUUGGUGGACAAGGGCAAAGGGUUUGAUGACGAUGCUGCCCGUAUUGAUGCUGACUGGUGGCGUGAAAUAUUCUUAAUGAAGACACCAGAAGGCUCAAUCAGAUUUCCAGUUUUGGGCAAAUUGGUGAGGGCACUGCUCUCUUUGUUUACUGGCCCUCUCGUUGAGGGUUCUUUCAACAUCAUGGACGACAUCAUCGAGAAGGACAGGGUCAGAUUAAACAUUGAGACUUAUGAAGGCUUUGCGAUCAUCAAAGCAAACAUGAAGGCAGCAGAACAAACAUCAUCUAACAUGAAAAUUAGUGCUGCUUUGAGGAGUUCCUGUUUGUCAUCAUUUAAUCGAUACAAAUGUCAUCUUCAGAAGAAGACCGAAAAAAUGAAUAAAGAGAAGCAGCGGAAAAUAAGGGAAGCUGCAAAGGUCCUCUCAGCAGUGAGAGUGAAGAAAGUAAAAAAAACCUCUUCAGCAACCAGAUCCUCCCACCCUUCUUCCUCUACAUCCAAAUAUCCAGCUUCCCCUGCAGGCCAUCUCCCACCAUCCACAUCCAAAAAGCAAACUCCUGCAGGCCAUCUCCCACCAUCCACAUCCAAAAAGCAAACUCCUGCAGGCCAUCUCCCACCAUCCACAUCUAAAAAGCAAACCCCCUCAGGCCAUCUCCCACCAUCCACAUCCAAAAAGCAAACUCCUGCAGGCCAUCUCCCACCAUCCACAUCUAAAAAGCAAACUCCUGCAGGCCAUCUCCUACCAUCCACAUCUAAAAAGCAAACUCCUGCAAGCCACCUCCCACCAUCCACAUCCAUAAAGCAAACUCCUGCAAGCCAUCUCCCACCAUCCACAUCUAAAAAGCAAACUCCUGCAAGCCAUCUCCCACCAUCCACAUCCAAAAAGCAAACUCCUGCAAGCCACCUCCCACCAUCCACAUCCAUAAAGCAAACUCCUGCAGGCCAUCUCCUACCAUCCACAUCCAAAAAGCAAACUCCUGCAAGCCAUCUCCCGCCCUCCACAUCCAAAAAGCAAACAGGAACAGGAACAUCAAAAGGUACUCCUGCAGGAACCCUCUCCUCCUCUACCUCCUCAUCUACCCCUUCAGAAAACCCUCCCCCCUCAAAAGGCACUCUUGCUGUAACCACCUCCUCCUCCUCCUCACCUACCCCUGCAGGAAAACCCCUCUCCUCAAAAGGAACUCCUGCUGGAACUCCCUCGUCGUCCUCCUCCUCCUCUGGCUCAUCUAAAGCCACAACUGCAGGAAAGCCCCCCUUUUCCUCUCCUCCUUCUGGGCCCCAAAACCCCCCACAAAAACGGAAAUCAGGUGUCCUGAAGUUAGAGAGCUUUGGAUUCACGACUAAGAGGCCAAAGAAGUAGACCUUUUCAUUUUCUAUUCUUGUGUUUUAGUAUUUUAACUUAUAAAGUAGGCUAACUCUUAUUUUGUUCUGUUACAUUUUUUUCUUGUGUUUAUUGUUCAAACAUUGUAUUCUUUCCUGUAAUUGUUCCUGAAAAUAUUGUGGAAAUAAAUGCUUUCACUGACAACUUGUGCCAAAGUUUUUGUCAUGUAAAGCCAAUUAACAAAAAUGGUUAAGUGUUUUGCGAAAUAUUGGCUAUAUGUCCUAGUUUUGAACUUCGAAUAUUGAGGCAGUAUGCGACUUCAACACAAGUCAUUGGCUAAAAAAAAUUUCAGUCAAAUGAUUUUUUUUUGCUUUAAUCCCUGGCCAGAUCACAUGACCUCCUAAUCCUGCAGUAGAGGAGCGCCACACACACCUGUUUACAUACUCGUGUGUGUGUGUGUGUGUGUGUGUGUGUGUGUGUGUGUGUGUGUGUGUGUGUUCCUUUUAUUGCCUCAUCUGUGUUGCAUCUUCCCUCUGGCUUAUCCCCUGAAUUUAGUGCUCCCUCUGUUUCUUGUGUGUGUGUGUUUAUUAUGUCUCUCUCUCUUGCUCUCUCUGUGUGUGUGUGUGUGUGUGUGUGUGUGUGUGUUCCAUUUUGGGCUGCUUCUGU